AAAGCAUGGAGGCGCCUGUGCACGCGGGCCUGAGCUCUCCUGCAGAGUCUCAGCGGGUGUAAAGUUACGAGCGCACAGGACACACCUCCAGAGGGAGUUCCUCUCCGGGUGGAGGUGGAAACAAGGAGCUGAUCACUUCUCCUGCUCCAAAGUCAGGAGGAGUCUUUCCUUCCACUUGGAGCGAGUGGUCGUCGGAGCCCGCGGCCGUGCGCCCCCUUUCUAUCCCCCCCUCUCUCCAGCCGCUGAGGCCGUGCCAGCGAGAGGAGCAAUGCCCGAGAUGGGCAACUCUUUACGCGCGGCUGCGCUCCUGGCGUUCGUGGUGCUGUCGAUCCUCGUGUCACUGCUGGUCAGCAGCGUGCAGCAGUACGGAGCGAGAGUAGCGCACUUUUCUAACGCGACUGUUUCUGCUGCUGAUGAGGAGCAGCUCCGCGGGGCGUUGAUUUACCAGCUCCAACAGAGGCGCAGAGAAAUCCUUCCGCUGCUGUUACCUGAGGAUGAACCGUCAGAGGGAACCCGACUCUCUCCCCAGCUGGACUCCUCUGUGGAUUACAAUCUGUGGAAUGAGAUCACGCACGGCUCCAGGAAAGCGCAUAUGGAUGAAAUGGGCUGUGACUCCCUGGUGGACAUGCAGGCUGUGGAGGUCCUGGGCUCUGGAUACACCAAACUGGUUGUCAAAGUGAAUCUGGCCGGAGGUCAACCAGUGGCUUUAAAGCUGGUCAACGAGCAGGGAAUAGACAUGGGCAAGUGUGUGGAGGAUUUUAAAGACCCGCAAGGCUGCCGGGAGCUCGUCUCCUACAAACUGCAGAAAGAAAUAGUCCUGUUGCAGAGGCUGCAGCAUCCAAACGUCAUAAAGCUCAAAGGCCACUGUGCAGGAGACUCGAGUGUCCAGGGAGGAAGAGGAGCGGAGAGAGGAAGAGUCACAGUCAUUCUGGAGCAGGGGAAUCCUCUCCAGAUGAUCCAGCUGCUCCAGAGCCCCUGGGAGGACAGAUUCAGGGUUUGUCUGGACCUGGUCAGGCUCCUCCACUUCCUCUCCCAGUCUCCUCUGGGCUCCGUCGCCCUGCUGGACUUCCAGCCCCGCCAGUUUGUCACCGUGUCCGGCGAGCUGAAGCUCACGGACCUGGACGACGCCAGCGCGCAGGAGACCACCUGUCGGAGCGAUGCCGACUGCACCCUGCAGUUCCCUCACAGAAACUUCACCCUGCCCUGCUCGGCUGGGGGCGUGUGCGAGGGCCUGAAUGAGAAGAGGAACAUUUACAACGCCUAUAGGUAUUUUCUCACCUACCUGCUGCCGCACCAGGCCCCGCCCGGCCUCACACACCUGGUAGACCACAUCAUGAACUCCACAGGGGAGCUGAAAGCUGACAUCAAUCAGACGCUGGAGGCCUUUGAACACGUCCUCCUCCUCUACAAGUCUGGCCUGCACCUGGACAACCUGCCUCCAUCAGUAAUCAGAGAUUACACCCUGAUCCGAGGUAUGGGAACCUCCGGGAACGUGGAGUACCGCUGCUGGCCGUCCUACAGCCAGCAGGGCUGCGUGCUGUCGGUCCACAGCGCCAGGGAGGCGGCGUACAUCUGUAACUCCCACUCGCAGUGCAACAGCUUCACCCUGACCGGACAGAAGACGUGGACGGGGCGCCUCCUGGCCUCUUUCAGGAGCGGCUUCAGUCAUCUGGUGCCCGGUGGGACGUCAGAGGUGUACGUGAAGAAAACCAAAGCUCCCGAAACGUCUACGGCGUGACGCGAGGAACAAACAGAGCGGCCCUGUUUUGAAUUUCGUCUGAGUCGCUGUGGAGCGAGGAUGAGAGCGAACGCACAGCCGGUGAUGUGAAGCAAAGCGAAACGUUGUGCUCGAGAUGAGAGACAGUGUCCUCCUCGUGAAACAUGAUGAACGCAGCUCGUCUCUGUGGGUUCACAGAGACAAGCGCAGGGGACGACGCGGCGUUUGAAGCGAGGCGAGUGAAUGUGAUGUAUUUAUAGGGCUUCUGCUCGGUGACUGUUUGAUCUGCCUGCCAGCUCACUGCCUCUGCCAACUACUAUUUAAAGGGAUUUCCCUUCAGGUACAAUUAAGGAGGGAGAGCCUUGUGCCCUUGACAUGUUUUUUUUUUUCUACCAUGUCUUUAUUCGCCAUGUGUGUUGGCUUUCGUUGUGAGGCCAGGUCCCUGUAGUAGGACUUUCAAGCCAAAGAGGUAAUGAGAACAGCCACUGCAGCUCAGCGUUUGAAGCCUGAGGACGAGAAAAGAAAACAAGCUCUUAUAGAAAUACACUUUGCUGUUAAUGCGCUGAGGUUGCGGCUGUUUUUUCAUGGUUCCCUGGCUUAGCUGCGCUGUGGUACGAGAGGGAAACAACCAUGUAAGCAUUUACACAUAAACAACGAGCAUCAAUGAUUAAAACCAUUCCAGAGUCUGUUUUACAUACUUUUGUAAACUUAGUUUUUCUAGUGCUUAGUUCAUAAAUAUUUAUAUGAUCAAAUUAAAUGUAAAUGUUCUUACAUGAUUGUGCAUUUUAGCUUAUAUGUGCACCUUGUGGGUGAAACCUUUAUUUUCAAUGAAAAAUUAUUCACUUCAGUGUUUUUUUUUUUUUUAUACUUCACUUAUUGUAACUGUACAGUUUUACAAUUUGUAAUUAUAUAAAUGUAUUGUUUUUAAUUUUU